AACCCUGCAAUCGUUUAUAAGUAGGUUUUACACCAAAUAUGAGUACCAGUCGCCAACAUUAAGGCCCAAAAUAAAAUUUCCACCAGACUUCGCUGAGUGCCUCUUUAAGGAGGCGCGCCGGCUGCAAAGCGUCCUUCUGGUUUCCAAGGAAACGUGGGAAAGAAAAGAACGCAGACGGAACGGAAAAGUGCGAGACAUAACCGCUUCUUUUUCAGAACACUGAGAGAAACUUUAAACUUACAACAGAACCGACUCGGAAAUUGGAUGCUUUAAAUUCAUCUCUACUUAUUUAGUUCAACGGGUGAAUGUGUGGAUCCGGCAUCUUGCUGCUGUGAGACAGAUGGAGAAAUACACACAAGCACUGCCACCCCAUUCUCCUCUACAUUCCCCCCAAAGUGAUUCAGAAGCUCUGUCCCGAUCCCCCUCUCGUCCACAGCCUGCCGCUGUUCAGCUUGUGUCCCUCCCUUCCACCCUAACCACCCCAGCCUCCUGUCUAUACUCAGCCCCUCAGGUGUCUGGAGGGCCACACUGCCUCAAUCCCUCCACAGUAUCUGACCAGGAUGACCUGACCUGCCUCAGCUGGCUGCAUCAAAGAGGGAACCUGUUGCCCCUGCAGCCACUGACCAAAAUCACCACACUGCCCCAGACAUUAGACUCGAUUCCUGUCCAACAGCUGCUUUCCUCCCCUGCCAAGCCCCCGUACUCUUUCAGCAGUCUCAUCUUUAUGGCAAUAGAAGAUUCUCCCGAGAAGAGGCUCCCUGUGAAAAGUAUUUAUCAGUGGAUUGUCGACAACUUCCCCUAUUAUAAAGAGGCUCCCGGUGGAUGGAGGAAUUCGGUCCGACACAACCUUUCCUUGAGCAAGAGCUUCCAACGAAUACAUCGAGACAAGAGUCAAUCUGUCGGAAAAGGCUCAUUAUGGCGUGUUUGUCCAGAACAUCGGCCAGCUCUUCUGGAAGUUCUCAGAAAAACACAUUAUUGUCAUCGUACCAACAGCAGCUUGCUGAAUAAGCGUGUUUUGUUGGAGGCGGCUGAUGAUGGGCAGAACACCUUGGGUGAGACCAUGGAAAUUUCAGAUCUAGAUUUUCUGUCUUCAAACCUGCCGUGCUCUUUGACACCAGAUCAUGAGGAGCUGGUCCCCCUGGAGUCUGUGGAACUGACAGAGGUUGCCGGCGAGGAUUUGGAGAAAGAUCCAUUGGCAGACAGUGGUUACAUUGAGUUACACUAUUAUCAAUAUCAGCAGUAUCAGUACCUGGUUCUUCCAGGAGACAGUGAGCUGGACCUGGAGUCGGUUGAGAUACUGCAGCUUGAUGCAGAGGCUCAGGAGGCUGCCGGAUCACUGCUUGACCUCGCGGGAGGCAAUCACUGACAGCUUGCCUGUGUGCUGUGUACAAGCAAGGAGUGUUUAUGGGGAGAUGGGGCCACUGUGAGAACUCUAGGCUUGAUGUACUAUUGGCACUUUAUAACUGCCUAAAACUUUACUUACUUUCAUGAAAGGUGCAACAUAAGCAAUUCCAAAUAAUCUAGUGAUUUUGAAAUGAAGACAUUUGCAGGGACUGACAACAGCACUGUGAGUGUAUCCUUGGUAUUAGUGUAUAAUAGGUAUUAAAGCAUCUGCAAAAUGCUUUCAUAAAGAAAGAACAAAAUAUUUAUUGUUUAUUGACAUGGUUGAAAGCUACUAUUUAAUGCACUUCCAUACCAUUUUUAAGUCCCUUCCAUUAAGAUUACUCUAAGAUUUGUUGUGUUUUUACAUUCAGAUCAGAGGGAUAAAGUUCUGAUGUGAUUUUUAUUUUAGUUUUACAGUAUGAAAUUGUUCAAAAUUAUGAACAUGUUCAAGUAUUAUUGAUAUAAACUGCCAGUUGUUAGAUUGGGAACAUGGAAAGAUUAAUAUCUAAUCCUGAUUUCUUGUUGAUUAUUGUCAUGCUACUGCAUUCUGUAGCUAUUAGUUUUCUGUGUAGUAAAAUGCAAGUCUUAUUUUGCUCUAUUGAUGUGUUUAUUUUAUUUUUUUAGUUUAUUAUGUUUUAACAGGUUGAUCUUCUUAAUGUGUAACUCAUGUAGCAAUAAAGUACUAAAAUGUUAU